AUGGAGAGCUCUGCAUGCCAGACCAAUGGUGCGGCUGUGCCCUCGAGGGGAAGGUGCAGAUUGAGGGCGAACCUUCGUCGUGCUGCUGUGCUGACACUGCUGGUAGCGGCCUGGCCACAGACCAACUUUCAGCUCUGCACGCGAGGGACCCUGGCAGUGCGUUCCUGCGGUCGAACGUUGAGGACGCGGAGGGCGGCGAUGACCCAUGCCCGGGAGCGGUUUCGCUGGGGCAGGCGCUACCCGAAGCCCGAGGAUCCGCCGUUUCCACCGGGCAUGGACGACCCUCUUCCCUGGCCCACGGAAACCGCAGAGAUCAUGAUCGAUGCCCACAGCGUGAUCCCAUGGUUUUGGGCGGAGACCGCCAAGAUUGAAGAGGACCUGGACUUGCGCCACGACAAGUUUUCGUUCUGGCCCGCCCGGAUUGCCAAAGCGGGGCAGGCCCUGCUUUCCCGCUUUGGGCUUUCGCGGCCUCCAUCACCGUGGAGUCCGAUCAUCACGGUAUUCGACCUUCCGGAUCCCGGCAACACGUGGAAUGGGCAGCAGAUCAAGAGAUAUCGGUCCCUAGCACGACAAGGGCCGCGGCAGUUCAACAACGUCACCUUAGCGUUUUCACAGUCCUACGUCGACACGAGCGCCCGGGAAAAUUAUCGCUGCGAUCGAGAGAUCAUGUACAUGCUGGACAUGCUUAUGCGCCCUUAUCCUCGGCGGCAGAUCUUGGUCACGGAGGAUGUGAAGUUGGCGAGGGAGGCCAACACCAUCUGCCACGUGCGGUCUGCGAGGUGGUUGAACGAGGAACUGCUGAAGAGUGGUCCGGCCGGAGUCAAUGCCAGCGAGGCGCUCAUGUCCAUUGAGUACGACUUCCAGCCCAUCAUGGAAGAGCUUCCCAAGGCCGUCCAGAUAGCAUUUGCUGCACGCUGA